GAUUUAGGCAAAUUGCACCAUAAGUUGACUUUACUAGUAUAUCAUGAAAUCAACGACCAGUUAGCCUUUUUAGAUGCAGUCUUUGUUUAUCAAAAUUCACAAAUUGAAGCUCAGGAAUUAUCUCAAAGAGAGAAACUGAAACUGAGAGAGAGAGAGAGAGAGAGAUGGGAAAGCCUGGUUCCCAACCUCAGUUUGAUCAGUCUUCAACAACUCCAGGGACUGAUCAAUCUUCUUCAGCUUCAAUCAACCAUUUCAGUCAUCCACAUCCUCUACAACUCUCCAACUGUCAAUCCCAACAAGGCUUCAGUGCCAAUUUAUGCUCAGGCUGCAAACUUGAGGCCUCAGGAAUCGUAUACCGUUGCACUAUGUGCAACUACUUUCUGCAUCAAAAAUGUUCUCAAAUGCCUCAAAAUAUCACUCAUCCCUUCGACCAAAACAACCAUGUUCUUUCCCUCCUCCCAAAACCAGCCUACCCUCAAGGCAUAUUCAACUGUGAUGCCUGUAGCCAACAAGGCAAUGGCUUCUGUUAUCACUGUCAAACCUGUGGAAUAGAUCUCCACAUCCUUUGCGCAUCCAUGCCAAUGGAAUUCACUCAUCAAUCUCACCACCACCAACUUAACCUCACAUUCUCACCACCUUAUCCAGACAAAGCCUUCUCCUGUGAUAUCUGCAAGAUGAAUGGGCACAACCACUGGCUAUACCACUGCAGCAUCUGUCAAUUCGACGUUCAUUUGACCUGUGUAAAUGCGUUACCAAUAAAUCGUACUUUCACUCAACCUCCAUCAGUGCUGAAUCAGAUCCAGUCCAUGAUUACAAGAAGUAUUUCAAUGCCUCCUGCACAGCCGACCAUGCCUAACAAUUUCGCCAACAACGUAAAUCCUGUGGGCUUCAAUUCGUUCAGGCCUACAGGAGGCAUGGCGGCGCCAAUCCAUCUGCAGUCUCAGCCUCAAUCUUUUGUUGCGACCCCUUAUGCAGCUCCAACCCCUAUGCAGCAAACCUUCAUCCCACCAAACAAUUAUAUGACCCAUGGAGGUUAUGGCCAACCUGUUAUGCCCGCUGGAUAUGCCCAACAGCAGAAUACUAUGACUACUCAGAUUGCUGGUGGGGUACUAAUGGCUUAG